AUGGAAGAUCUUUAUGUUGAUCAAUCAUAUCAAGGUCAAGGUAUUGCUGAUCUUCUGAUUGGUGAAUGUGCACGAUAUACACGAGAACAUGGUGCAUUAUGUUUAACAUGGCAAACGUCGGUGAAACAUCAUCGUGCACAAGCUGUUUAUGAUCGAUGUGGUGCAAUGAAAAGUGAUCGGUGGUUAAAUUAUACACUUUCAUUAUGA